GCAGGGGUGUAUUCAUUACGCCGAUUCUGUUGCAAAUGUUUCUCCAAUAGAAACUUGUUUUAAUUGUUUGAAUUUAUUACCGCCGAUGUACUAUAUAUUCUUUGAUUCUAAUCAGAGACCGAUUCAGACCCGGAACACAAGUUUUUUUUAGUUUGCUUGAAUGCUUGCUACAUUUUGAAACAGUUUCUAGUGAACGAUACUUUACACCAAAAUGUUCUUGAACAGACUUUGAGGUACAUUUGCUCUCGUUUGGUGAGUGUGGCGAGGUGUGGCUUGAAGCAAUGAGUGACGUAUUUAAAGGGCAGUGGCCAUGCUGACAGUAUUCCCCAACCCACAACCCCUCCCUGUUUUUCAUCUGGUUGUUCAGUACAGCACCAUUUCCGUUCAAUUUAACUUUCCUAACUUAAAAAUGUAUUGAACGUAGCUCAGGUUUGUUAUUUUUGACCUCACAGCUAUAUGACAAACUCUGAGCUGUGUAAGUAAGUUUAACCUUGUUCCCAUUCCAAUGUACAACACUAUUGACCUCAGUCAGGGAUCUAGUGCUAAUGGAUCCUGAGGCACUGGAGGUCCUUCUGCCGGGCACUUCGUUGGGUUCUAAAGAUCCACAGUUCAUUGUUUUACUGGCCCUUAUUUGGGCUUUUCAGACCGCACUUUCAGAGCAGGGCCAGGGGUGUAUUCAUUAUUCAGACUGUUGCAACGAUAACCAUUAACCGUUUAUUCUAGGAACCAAGAACGGAAGCAAACAAAAUAAAAUGUUGAGGGACCUACCUGAAUUUGUCCAAUAGAAACUUGUUUUCAGUUUGGGAAAAAAUGGUUUCUGUUGCAAAAUGUUUUGCAACCGACUAAAUGUUUUGCAACAGAAUCAAAGUAAUGAAUACACCCCAGCUACGAUCAUGCCGUUGUGACCAUGGUGGCCCAAAGGCUCAUGGAAGCUCUUUAGUAUAAAAAAAAUAAAUAAAUGAUGGUGGAACACUUUCGACAUCCGGACCAUAGUGCCAGGAAAACAGGUCACACACACUCAUCAGUCAGCUCCAGUCAGUCCGCUAAAUUCUGGUGGAGAGAUCAGAGCUGAACUGUUCGCAGAGUUAGAUAGUGAAAAUGACAGACUUCUGAGGAACGGCUGGACCUCUACCUCUUGAAUCAAGUGAGGAUCAUAUGCUGCCACGUAGUGUGUGUGUGUCGUGGUUAUCGUGUGUGUUGAUUAUUGUGUAUGUGUGUAAUUGUGCUUAUUGUGUGUGUGUUAGGUGGACCUAGUGGUACCGGACAGUGGACAGGCGUGUUGAGGUUCUGAAGGUGGUCAGAGAUCUGACCGCUAAGGUCAGCAAGAUAGAUGGAUGCCUCCAGUCCAUUGCCCACGCUGGAGUCAACAACGAGAACAUCAAGAUAACACAACGACUUUGAUAUCUUUCACACAGUAGCCUUCAAUAUGUCAAUCUCAGAAUUAUGGGAUCUGUGUGUGUGUGUGUUCAGGACCAGCCUGCCGUGGUGUCUAAAUGGGGCCACUGUGCUUGUGUGUGUUAAUAUUGUGUGUGUGCCUGUGAGGGGUCUGAUGAUUGUGUGUGUAGGUCCUGACUCCCAGCCUGGUAUUGGUGAGUGUUCCGGUGAGAGGGUUGAUUGGAUAUCAUGAGCAUGUGACUUGUCAGUGAAGAUCACAGGAGGUUGGUGGCACCUUAAUCGGGGAGGACGGGCUCGAGGUAAAGGCUGGAGUGGAAUUAGUGGAAUGGUAUCAAAUACAUUAAACACAUGGCUUUCAUGUGACUGAUGCCAUUCCAUUUACUCCGUUCCAGCCAUUCAUGAGCCGUCCUCUCCUCGGCAGCCUCCACUGGUAGAGAUACUAUUCUCUGACUGGCUCACUCCUCCCUACUCCUUUCCAUGAGCCAGAGAAACUCUACCAAUGGCUGAAGCUGGAGAGCUUCACAAGACCCGCCCAGGACUUGCAGGAUGCCAAAGUGUGUGGAGGGAGACAUUGUUUGUUGUUGCCAUAGAGACGGUGGAAGGUGUGAUGGAGGCGGAACUUGUUCCAACAGUGGAGCUGAUCAACUAUUAUCAGAAAAAGGCCCACUGGCCCCACCUUCUGCAGCGCUGGCCAACCACAGAGAGAGCUCACUGCAUCAAGGUCAGCUGGGAGUCAUGCUUACUAACUCCUACUUCCCUACACCUAAAGGACUCUCAGACCAUGAGAAACAAGAUUCUCCGGUCUGAUGAAACCAAGAUUGAACACUUUGGCCUGAAUGCCAAGCAUCACGUCUGGAGGAAACCUGGCACCAUCCCUACGGUGAAACAUGGUGGUGGCAGCAUCAUGCUGUCGGGGUGUUUUUCAGCGGCAGGGACUGGGAGACGAGUCAGGAUCGAGGGAACGAUGAACGGAGCAAAGUACAGAGACAUCCUUGAUGAAAACCUGCUCCAGAGUGUUCAGGACUUUGGACUGGGGUGAAGGUUCACCUUCCAACAGGACAAUGACCCUAAGCACACAGUCAAGAGAACACAUGAGUGGCUUCGGAACAAGUCUCAAUGUCCUUGAGCGGUCCAGCCAGAGCCCGGUAUUGAACCCAAUCAAACAUCUCUGGAGAGACCUGAAAAUAGCUGUGCAGUGAUGCUUCCCACCCAACCUGACAGAGCUUGAGAGGAUCUGCAGAGAAGAAUGGGAGAAACUCCCCAAGUACAGGUCUGCCAAGUUUGUAGCAUCAUACCUAAGAAGACUCGAGGCUGUAAUCGCUGCCAAAGGUGCUUUAACAAAGUACUGAGCAAAGGGUCUGAAUACUUAUGUAAAUGUGAUAUAUCCGUUUUUAAAUGUUAUACAUUUGCAAAAAAUUCAAAAAAUCUGGUUUUGCUUUGUCAUUAUGGGGUAUUGUGUGUAGAUUGAUGACAUUUUUUUUUUUUAUCAAUUGUAGAAUAUGGCUGUAACCUAACAAAAUGUGGAAAAAGUCAAUGGUCUGAAUAUACUUUCCGAAUGCACUGUAAAACCAAUACAGAGUGUGUUGA